AUGAGUUGGCUUGUGAAGAGCUUGGUUCUACCCCUGGUACUGCUCUGUUUCUGGGGGCUGCGCGAAGGAGCACAAGCCUGCAAAUGUGGGGUGUUGCACCCCCAGCAAGCCUUUUGCCUAGCAGACGUCGUCAUCAAGGCAACAGUUAUUGGCUUGCCAGCUGCUGCACAAUGUGAAGAUUGCUCUGAACUUCUGAAGGUGGACAUCAACCAGACUCAGAUGUUCAAAGGUCCAAACAAGGAGUUUAACGCAUUUUACACCGCACCCAGCUCUGCGGCAUGUGGAGUUAAUCUGACCAGUGAUGUGGAGUAUGUCAUCACAGGUGGACUGGAUUCAAAUGGUUCAUUGCACGUCAGCCUGUGUAACUACUUCAAGUGGUGGGAUGACUUGAGUGCAACGGAAAAGGAAGGUCUGGUGCUGACGUACCAAUUGGGUUGCGAUUGUGCGAUCACGCGCUGCAACUCGGUCCCGUGCAGCAGCAGCCCGGCCGAAUGUCUGUGGCCGGACUUCCUGAUGGAGAAGGUCUUUCGGCACUUUACUUGCAUAAAGAGAAGCGACGGCUCUUGCGCCUGGUACAGAGGCAGACGCCAACCUCAAAAUGGAGUCUCGGAUAUUGGAGAUGCAUCGCUUUAA